CUUGUUUCUAAAUCGACCGUUCUGCUCAUCGACAACUACGAUCGAUUUGACGUCCCUCACCAGUUUCCGGCUCCAUACCACCAGGUCAGUCGGUCGGUCCUCGUCACUCAAUACCGAGCCGAGGUCUUGGUUACGAUGUUAACAGGGCGAGUAAUCACGGUGGCUGUGGCCUCGUCCGACUCGUCGUCGCUGUUCGAAAAGAAUUCCAUCGGGUCAACUGCGAUCGGUCUUCGCAGGACAUCAACUGAACGACGACUGGACCAUCUCCUAAUGAUUAGCACGUGGACUACCACAAGCACGUCAGACACGACCUUCCCGCCCCAAACUGACAUCGACAGAGCGUCCGACCCAUCGAUCAGCAUACCCCCACAGAUGCGCCAUGGCCACGAACCGGAGACCACCGUCUUCUAAGCGCAGUCCAGCGAAGCAUGACGUUUCUGGAGCGUAUUUGAGCCAGCGCAGCAGCUCCCCAAUUUCAUAGUCAAAUUACCUACCACGGUGGCCAUAGUCAAGCUGCUUAAUACCCCUAACGCCGGUGAUACUGAGCACAAUCCGAGCUCAGCGGAGCAGGUCUUGGCGCUGCAUUUCAAGAAAACUCGAUUCGGUAUCAGUUUCAAGCCCAUGCUUCACUCGGGGUCCAAUGGAAGGCUGCAUUCAAUUCCACACAGACGGCAAACGAAGCCACACGACAACUCCAAUUCAAACAGUGCAGUUAGCACUCAAUACGACACUCAAUACAACGGUGGUCGCAGCUGCAUUGUCGCUCCGGAGAGUCGGUUGGGCAUUCCUCGUCGUCCUGCUGGCCGCCUCGCUAUCCACAGCAACUUUGUCGUCCACGCAAUCAAGAAAC